AUGGACUCCCCUCCGGUCUCUCCUCCAGAGGAAUCAAACCUUCGAAUCGAUAAGGAAGACAAGGAGAGCGCAAGCUCCCCUUCUUUCGCAAAUUACUUGAGGAUUGUUUCCUACGGUGCUAGAAAUGGUCGGGUAUUCCUCGUUAUCCUGGGGCUCAUAUGCGCCAUGGGAUCCGGAGUUGCUCUGCCGUUGAUGAACAUCGUCUUUGGGAAACUUGUCGGUGAUUUCAAUCAAUAUUUUAUACCAGGCGCUGCCCCAAGCGAACAGACCUUUAAGUCUUCGAUCAAUCAAAGCAGCCUUUAUAUCGUCUACUUGUUCAUCGGCAAAUUUGUGUUGACAUACAUUUCUAUGGUUUGCUUUCGAACCCUCAGCUUAUACGCAUCUGCCGCAUUGCGUCUCGAAUAUACCACGGCACUCUUUGCGCAGCCGAUAAGCCGAUUGGACGAAAUUUCCGUGGGAACAAUAACCAAUUCAAUCACGGGGCUGUCGAAUACAAUCCAGCAAAGUGUCUCAGAUCGGCUGGCUAUCCUAUUUCAGUCCCUUGCACUCCUUGUAUCUGCCUACGCCAUUGCCUUUAAAUACUCAUGGGCGCUUACAUUGGUAGUCAGCGCGGCAAUACUCUUUGUGCUGAUCAGCUUUAGCUUGACGGUUCCCUUCCUGGUGAAGAUACAGAGGAACGUCGAUAAAGCUGAUAACCACCACGCAUCCGUCGCGGGGGACGUGUUCACCUCUAUCCGAACAGUUUUUUCUCUGGGUGCAGAGGCCCCAUUGGCCAAGAAAUAUGCCCGACUUGUUGACGACGCCCAAAAGGAGGGAUUGCGGAUGACUCCCGUCACUGGUAUCCAUCUGGGGCUUCUUUUCUUUGCGAUGUACGUGAGCUUCGCAUUGGCCUUUUGGUUCGGAUUGAAGCUCUACCGUGAGGGGCACAUUGCCAAUAUUAACACUGUCAUAACGGUCUUUUUCUCUGUGCUCCUCGUGGUCACUGUCUUAGGAAGUAUCGCUUCGCCGCUCAUGGCCAUUACUAAAGCAAUCAGUGCCUCAGGAGCCUUUUUCAGCAUCAUUGACUCGGAGAAAAUCUCUACAGAUGGGCUCAGGGACCAGGAUGCACUCAGUCAUGCCGAUAUCAUAUUUCGGAAUGUUUCAUUUACCUAUCCAACAAGGCCAGGAAUAUAUGCUCUGAAUGGAUUCAACGCGACCAUCAAAAGCGGCAAAACAACAGCACUAGUGGGGCCUUCGGGCUCCGGAAAGAGCACUGUGGUUGCGUUGCUUGAGAGAUGGUAUCAACUGAGCGAUGAUUCAUUAUCGGAUUCAACAAAAGAUAUCCUCUCGGGAGAGAUUAAUGUGGGCAAUCAUCGCAUCAACGAAUUAGAUCUGAAAUGGUGGAGAUCACAGAUCGGGCUAGUUCAACAGGAGCCAUUUCUGUUCAAUGACUCGAUUCACAACAACGUUGUUUUUGGGCUUAUUGGGUCGAAAUGGGAAAAUGAACCAGAGGCCGUGAAAAUGGAACUGGUAGUGGAAGCGUGCAAGGAGGCCUUUGCAGACGAAUUUAUCACACGGCUACCUCAGGACUAUUCAACUGUCAUCGGUGAAGGCGGGAUCACCUUAAGCGGGGGUCAACGCCAACGACUCGCCAUUGCGCGGAGCAUCGUCGGGCAACCCUCAAUCUUAAUAUUCGAUGAAGCGACUAGUUCAAUAGAUGUUCGCGCCGAAAAGGUCGUCCAAGCUGCUCUUGACCGUAUAUCAAAAUAUCGCACGACAGUCAUAAUUGCACACCGCCUCUCCACCGUCCGUCGAGCAGACAACAUUAUUGUGAUGAAGGAUGGAGUUAACGUUGAAAAUGGAACACAUAAGGACCUCAUAGAGAGAGGGGAGAUGUAUCAUGGGAUGGUUGGUGCGCAACAACUUGAACCACUAGAAGCUCUCGACAACGAAGAGGAAUGCGACGAUGUGAUUAUCCCCAAGGAGGAGAUUGAGCCUCAAGAAUACUCCAUUCACGAGAUUGAAGAAGAAGAAGAUCUGCAAGCCAGUCGUGAGUCCAAGAAAUUUGGAUUCUUUCGCUCGUUUUGCGUCGUCGCUCGUGAACAUCGGAGGCAUUGGAUUUUAUAUAUUUUCAUUGUCGUGGGGGCCGUGGGAGCGGGUUCCGGAUAUGCGCUGCAAAGCUGGCUGUUUGCGCAGUUGAUUCAGGUCUUCCAGUUUACAGGACAGAAACUUGUGAAUGCAGCUAAUUUCUGGGCAUUGAUGUUCUUCAUCCUAGCUCUCGCCAUAGCUGCAUUCUAUUUUAUCUUGGGAUGGGCCUCAAACUCUAUCUCAAUGUUUGUCGUGUCCACGUAUCGCAAGGAUUAUUUUAUGAAUAUGGUCCGAGAGUCCGUGUCGUAUUUCGACCGGGAGGAGAACGCCUCUGGCAGUUUGGUAUCCCGGCUAUCAACAGAUCCAAGACAAAUCCAAGAGCUAUUUGGCCCUACAGGAGUCUUUCCUCUGAUUUCUGUUUUCAACGUCGUCGGAUGCGUCAUCAUAUCUUUCAUCUUUGGAUGGAAAUUGGCAGCUGUUACAUUUUUUGCCGCAAUGCCGUUCCUCUUCCUGUCUGCCUUCAUGCGCAUCCGCUAUGAGAUCAUGUUUGAAUCUUUAAACGCUGAAGUGUACAAAGACAGUUCGAAGUUUGCUGCUGAAGCAAUGCGUGGAUUCAGAACUGUUACUUCUUUGACCAUGGAAGAUCACAUUAUCAAACGGUAUUCGGAUCUGCUGCAGCGGCAAAGAACAAAAGCACUUCGAAAAGCCUGGUAUGCAACACUUAUUUUUUCGUUUUCAGACAGUGUGGAACUAUGCGCAAUGGCACUCACCUUCUGGUACGGUGGGCAACUGUUGGCAUCUCGUGAAUACGAUACCACUGGAUUCUUUGUGGUAUAUAUUGCUAUCAUUCAAGGUGGCCAGUCUGCGGGACAAUUCUUCAGCUUUGGUCCCAACAUCGCCCAGGCAAAGGCCUCCAUCAACCGUAUUCUUAGUGCCCGAUUGACAGCCAACCGUCAACUUCAAAUGUGCACGACGGAACCGCUUUUCUUCCCUGACCAGAACCGCACCGCUGAUAUCGAGUUCCAAAACGUUACUUUUAAAUAUUCUUCUCGGAAUGUUGCAGCAUUUUCCAAUCUCAACGUAUCUAUCCCGAGCGGUCAAUUCGUUGCAUUUGUUGGACCCUCUGGCGCUGGGAAGUCCACAGUCAUCUCAUUACUCGAAAGAUUCUACGACCCCACACACGGCUCUAUCCUAUUCAAUGGACGUGAUAUCCGUUCUAUUGACUCUCUUCCUACCGACGAUGCAUUUCUCUUGCUAUUCGACGGCACCAUCCAAGACAAUCUACUCCUGGGCCUCGAAAACACAGACGACGAGCUCAUGCAAGAACAGAUGGUGCGAGCAUGCCAAGACGCCGAAAUUCAUGACUUCAUCCUAUCCCUUCCCAGCGGCUACCUCACGAAUCUUGGUGUCAGCGCGCAAACAUCGCUCAGUGGCGGCCAGAAACAGCGUCUGUGUAUUGCGCGGGCUCUAGUCCGGAGGCCGCUCGUUCUUCUUUUAGACGAGGCAACGUCCAGUUUAGAUUCUCAGUCUGAGAAACUCAUCCAGGAGGCGAUGGAGCGCCUAGCCGUGAAACGCAAUAUGACUAUCAUCGCUGUCGCACACAGACUAGCCACCAUCCAAAAGGCAGACAGUAUAUUUGUCUUUGGGGAUAGUGUCUCACAUCCAGGGUCGGAAAUUUUGGAAAGGGGGACGCAUCACGAGCUGCUCCGAAACAAGGGGCCUUACUGGCAAAUGUGUCAAGCACAGAUUUUGGAGAUGUAG